AUGAGGCCGGCCCGCGGGGACGCCCCUAAGGACCUUUCCAAGACGGAAAAAACAACCCUGCGAGACGAGGCCAGGCGUCGGGCGCGUCAGACGGUGCUCUACUGGGCUGCCCGGCAGCGGGUGCCGAUCUUCUCCCCUUCCCUCGCGGAUGGCGAUCUCAUCGAGUACCUCCUCGACGCCUCGGACGAGACGCAUCCGGAUCCGAAUCCGGAUCGCGCCUGUUCUUCUUUUUCGUCGUCGUCGUCCUCCUCGAGGCCGCUCGCGAUCGAUCUGGUGAGGGAUCUCUGCCGGAUCAAUCGGAUGGGGAUGUUCAGCAAGUGCACCGGGAUGAUCCUCUGUGGAGGGGGGCUCGUGAAGCACCACAUCGCGAACGCGAAUUUGAUGCGAAACGGCGCCGACUACGCGGUGGUGUUGAGCAACUCGCAGGAGUUCGACGGAUCCGACGCCGGGGCGCGCCCGGAUGAGGCCGUUUCGUGGGGAAAAAUCCGCAUCGACGGGAGCAGCGCGAAGGUGUAUAGCGAGGUAACCACCGUCUUUCCGUUGCUCGUCGCGCAGGUCUUUUUACCCCUCGUCAGACGGCAAAGGGAAGAGCGAGAAAAAGCGGGUGUGAAGGCUCGCCAAAGGUGA